CCGAGGUAAUCCUUCGAGGUUCUAGGGUUCAGUGGAGCAAGUCGGGGAACCAGGAAAUUGUUGUGAAUUUCCGUUCAAAAUUCACUUGGAAGUGUAGAAGUUUAAUGUGGAUGAUUUGCAGAUAAUAUCUUUCUAUUAAUAAUUUGCACAACGAGUUCUGUUUAAAUUUCAUCAGUCUUAAUUUAUAGAUUGUGGACGAUUGAUUUUUGAGUGGUGUUUUAGUGCAAUAUGAAAAAUUUAUGAUAAAAAUUAAAUGAAAUAAGAUUGUCUUCAAAGGAACCACACUUUCCUCUGAAUGAAAUUCGGCAUAUGAAGUGUUGAAAAUUGUUCAUAAUUUUUGUUUACUAAUCUCCAUAAAUUGUAAUGAGUAAAAACAAAACUUGGGAGGACUUUAAACUAUUACUAUGGAAAAAUUUUCUAUUGAAAUUUCGACACAAAGUGGAGUUCGCCAUAGAAAUAUUUGUGCCUUUAAUUUUCUGCUUUAUAUUAGUAAUUAUUCGAUAUCUAGUGGUUCCAGUUACGAUAAAAGAUCCGACAAUCUACGAUCCAGUUCCAGUUAACAGUUUAGAGGAAUUCAGGGAAAACGUACCGGCUAACAGUAUCCAUCUAUGGGAGAUAGACUACGCUCCGAAAAAUCAAAUUUUCGAGGAAAUUAUUAAAAAUGCUGCGGAGUAUCUCCAGUUACAAUACAGAGGAUUCGACAAUGCAAAAGACGUGGAAAAAUUCAUACUGACGAAUCACUCGUUUGCUGGAGUUCUUUUCGAUUCAAGAUUGAAGAAUAUAACGUCGUAUCCGAAGGACUUGAAGUUCACUUUACGAUUCCCCGGAGCAUUGAGAACAGCCCACCAUUUCAGUGAAUUCUCCACAUGGUUGACCAAGCAUUUGUUUCCAACCGGACACUACCACGGCCCAAGAAAUAAGAAUUCAAGUGAUGGCGGCUUGCCGCCAGGAUACGUCCGCGAAGGAUUUAUAGCCCUCCAAUAUGCAAUUUCAUCUUCCUUUAUUAAUUUGGCUGCGAAGCAGAAUGCUGAUCUGCCAGAUAUUGUGCUUCGACGAUUUCCUUAUCCACCGUAUGUAGAUGAUCCCUUACUAAUGAUUUUGGAAUCGAUGGCGGCCGUAGUCGUUGUAUUAAGUUUUGUGUAUCCUGUCACCCAGGCAGUGAAGUACGUUACAACGGAGAAGGAGACCCAGUUGAAAGAAGCGAUGAAAAUCAUGGGCCUCUCAACGGCGCUGCAUUGGGCUGCAUGGUACGUUACACUGUGGGUCUGCUUCAUGUUGACUGUGGUUUUGAUCGUAAUCAUGAUUAAGAUUCCUUGGUUUCAAGGAUUUACAGCUGCUGUCCUCACAAAUACAUCAUGGUCGUUGCUAUUGGUUUUUCUGAGUAUCUACUCGGCAGCGACAGUAACGUUUUGCUUCAUGGUAUCCUCGUUUUUCUCAAAGGCCAACGUCGCGUCCGCAGUUGCUGGUUUGGGGUGGUUCGUGGUCUACUUCCCAUACGAUUUCACGUUGAACAAUUUCUUCGGGUUGCCACUCAGCACUAAGUUGGGUUUGUCAAUAUUUUUGAAUACAGCCCUUGCAUUCGGAUUCAGAAUAAUGCUGAAAUGGGAAUCAGUGAAUGCUGGUUCCAACUGGUCGAACCUCUUCAGCACCGUAACUGUGGAGGAAAAUAUGAGUCUUGGAUACGUUAUGAUUAUGAUGUUAGUUGAUGCUAUUAUUUUCCUGCUCAUAACAAUUUAUAUGGAGAAAGUCAUGCCAGGACCGAACGGGGUGCCAAUGAAAUGGUAUUUUCCAUUCACGCGAAACUUUUGGUGUCCAAUGCGAAUUUAUUCCGAACAUGAUGGCUUAAACUUUGCUAGACAGAAUCCUGAUCGAUUCGAACCAGAGGUUGAAACGGAUAAGAAAACUGGUGUGCAUUUGAUAAACUUAAGAAAGAAGUUCGGAUCGAGGGUAGCUGUUGACAACCUCUCGAUGAAAAUGUACGAAGGGCACAUCACCGUACUUUUAGGGCAUAAUGGCGCUGGAAAAACGACAACAAUCUCUAUGAUAACCGGCAUGCUUCCGCCCACUUCUGGAACUGUAGUUGUCAGGAAUCUUGACAUUCGUAGGAACCUACCUGCAAUUCGGCAGAACUUGGGCUUCUGUCCGCAGCAUAAUAUACUCUUUGAUGAGUUAACAGUCCGCGAGCACAUCAUAUUUUACAGUCGCCUGAAAGGAUUCAGUGAGGAUCAAGUAGAAGCAGAAGUUGGGAAAUAUCUUAAGCUACUGGAUUUUGAGGACAAACGUGAUGCACUCUCCAAGACCCUUUCCGGUGGUAUGAAGAGGAAGCUCUCUGUCGGAGUUGCUCUUUGUGGAAACUCGAAAGUGGUGUUAUUCGAUGAGCCAACUUCAGGAAUGGAUCCUGCCGCCCGACGAAUCUUAUGGGAUUUGCUUCUAAGUGAGAAAAAAGGCCGAAUGAUUCUGUUAACGACACACUUUAUGGACGAAGCUGAUGUUCUUGGGGACCGUAUAUUCAUAAUGGCACUGGGCAAGUUAAAAUGUGGUGGAACACCAUUUUUCUUGAAGAAGAAAUUUGGAACUGGUUAUCAGUUGAUAUGCAGAAAAGGUGAUAAUUGCAAACCCGACAAGGUAACCGAGCUGCUUCGAAAACACAUCCAGGACGUUGAGUUGAAGAGCGAUGUUGGUAAGGAAUUAUCAUACCAAUUGCCGGAAAAGCAUGUGAAGAAAUUCGAAGCAAUGCUCAAACAGUUGGAAGAGCGACUCCAAGAACUAGAUGUUGAUGGCUAUGGGAUAUCAAUGACCACUUUAGAAGACGUCUUUAUGAGAACAGGAAAUGAGUUGGCAACAGAAUUAUUUGAAAAUGGAGAGCCCCCGCGGCCCAGAAACUCUUUAAGCAUUGAAUAUUUUCCAGGAAAGGAAUCUUUGGUACAAAUACAAGCUCACCAUUCCCGCGUAGAAAUCGUAGGGCGUAUCACUCGAAUGCAGUAUCAUUGGCGGGCGAUGUUCCUAAAAAAAUAUUACUACUUUCUUCGAAAUUGGUACAUAUACCUGAUCCAAUUGCUAGUUCCAUUGUUUUUCGUUGGAGUAACUGUUUAUGUAUCAAAAUCGAUGGCAUUUAAGAAUGGAUUGCCACCUCUUCCCAUCACUUUGGAAUCCUAUGGUCACACAACGACCCUGUUGGAAUCGAGCGCUUCAAAUGAAUCUUUGAGUGAAGCGAUAGGGUCGGCCUACGAGAGAAUAUUCCAACCAUAUAAUCGGAAAGACCUCCUGGUGAAAAUCAAGGUGCCAAUACUACAGCAACUGAUAGAACUGCAGAAAGCUGGCUUAGUUACGGUGGAUUCUCACUACAUGGUAGGAGCAAGCAUUAGCGAAUCUCAAAUCACUGGUUGGUUCAACAAUGCAGCGUUGCACACGGCUCCGUUGUCGUUGAAUUUAAUAUUUAACGCUAUUGCAAAGGCUCUCCUUGGGAACGCCUACAGUAUUCAUAUCACUAACAAUCCAUUGCCAUACGAUGUUAAUUAUCGACUUCAAAUGGUGAAAAGAGCUGGCAGCUUUGGUUUCCAAAUGGCACUGAACCUUGCAUUCGCAAUGUCCUUCAUCAGCGCAAUAUUCGUCAUGUUCUUGAUUAAGGAGCGUGAAUCACGCGCAAAGCUACUGCAGUUCGUUAGUGGAGUACGCGUCAUUACAUUUUGGAUCUCACAUCUAUUGUGGGAUUUUGCAACGUAUGUGGUUCUUACAAUAUUGUUGAUUGCAUUAUUGUACGUUCUCCAGCAGGAGGGGUUCUCAACAGGCAAGGACUUGGGAAGGAUAUUCAUAGUAUUUACUCUGUACGGGUUUGCAUCACUGCCAUUCACAUACCUCGUGUCGUUUUUGUACGCUGAUCCAUCCACGGGCCUAACGAGACUGUCUAUUUACAAUGUUUUCACAGGAAAUGGAUUGCACCUCUUGAUAUUUGUUCUUACACUUCCUGUUGUUAACUUCGGAAAAGUUGCUGGAUACCUUGCGGAAGGCUUCCUGAUUUUUCCCAACUUCGCUUUAGCCCAGGCUCUUUCCAAUCAAGCGGCCCUAGCCACUACCAGGAACAUUUGUGAUACAGCUCAGGAGUUAUUAAAAAUGCCGAUGCAUAUGGUUUGUGCACUGAUUUUGCCAGAUUGUUGCGGUUUAAAUGAAUUCGGUUUCAACAAUCCUGGGAUUGGAAGGAUUUUGGUUUUUUUUGUUUGGUUUUGGCAUUUUAUGUCUGAUAGUCCUGUUUGCUGUCGAGUUCUUCCGGAUAGAUGUCUUCAAGAAGCUGGCCGACUUAAUGUGGAGGCCGAAAGUGCACAUGCCACCCAUACCUGAGAAUGAAGAUGAUGAUGUGGCCCACGAACGAAGAAGGAUUUCAAAUAAAAGUGUACAGAACCUCCAGGAUUCCAAUAUUGUGAUGCGUGAUGUGACGAAGUAUUAUGGAAAACUCUUAGCUGUAAACCGCGUUUCUCUAGCCAU